AUUCAAUGACCACAUUGUGCAGUUUCGCCUCUGUCCGUGCAGUUCAAUAGUUCGGUUGUUCGGUAUGCUCCGGUGUUGUAGUGGUCGGAUAAUUCCCUUGUGGCUUUAGCGUCGCUGGGCCGUUAUAGGAUGGAGGGUGUUUGCGUUGGGCCUGCUAUUACUCUAGGGUAAAUGAUAUGCCGCGCUUCCGACACCCUGGUCCAACGACCCUUCUAUCGUUCGAACGUCCGCAUGUAUCGGAUCGCCUUUACUGUUUGUGGAAGAUGUGUAAGGCGUGUAAGCGAUGCACAAAAGACGUUGUAGGAUGUCUUCAGAGAUUUCAAAAUGGUCGUUGUCCGCUGGCCGGGUUUUCCUUCCGGCACCGUUAUCGAGUUGAUCAGACAUGAACGAGAGCACCAUGACGGAAUCUUCUACCUCACCAAGCCUUGCUCGACCAAGAAGAGUGCGCUAUUCCAGGGACGAAGGACCUGACAUCACAUCACUGCCCAUCAAAAUCCUCGUCGGCACACCCAGCCGCAUCUUCUUCGUCCACGAAGCCCUGCUCCGCACCAACUCGCUCUUCUUCACCGCCGCCCUGAAAACCGAGUGGAAACAAACCGACGCCAACGACUUCACCCUCGUCACACUGCCUGAAACACCCGCGGAAACCUUUGCUAUCUGGAUCAAAUGGCUGUACACAGGUCGUGUCUUUAUUACUACGCCUACGGAUAUCUCGCAUUCAGAUAGCAACAGCAACAGCAGCA